AUGGAGUCUGCAGAAGAUGCUCCGAGGCAGCUCUACUCCGUGAUUGAUGGACCAGAGGAGACCGUGCGCAGCGUCGGACAUCCCCACAAAUGCAAGCUGCAAGCCCUGCCCUGCGCCGACUACUCCUUUUCACAUUGGGGCUGCCGUGUGGGUCGCGACUGCGACAGCUGCCUUAAAGCCAGCAACCGAGCAUCCUUGCAAAAGAGCUUUGGUGAGGCAGGCGCCCGGGCUUCAGCGGGAUGGUGCCGCCACAAGUCGGUAACAUGGAGCAGCCGACGAGCGCCGCUUCCAGUCCCGAGUGCUACAGAUUGA